AGUCAUUGCUUUGCAAUUUUUAAAAUCUGACAUUAUUUAGCUGCUGCUGAGGACAUUUGCAGAACUUUUUGACAUACAUCCAUUAAUUGCCCUGAACAAAAUACUGGUCUCACAAAGUCAAUCUGAUGUCUUUUUGGUUGAGAACAUUCUAGAUGUCUAGUUAAACACGACCCACCCAAAAAGCCUUCUGUGUUGAUUUGUCUAAUUACCAGAGAUAACCCACCAUGUUGAAACAGUAUGUUUGUCUGCAGGGUGCUCCUCUGAGAGGUUUAUUUAGGCUGAGCAGUCUGGACCACUACCCAUAAUACUCCUGCAGACACACCUGUAUCGGAAAGUAUAAAGAGUCUGGACUGAGCUGAGUCCAACAUCAACCUUCAAGGAGUCUCCCCACAUCAGCUCCACAGCCACCAGCCCAAACGUGAAGAUGACUCCCACUGCCAGCCUGCUGCUGCUGCUUCUGCUCGGCCUCUCAGAAGCAUUUCCUCUCGUUGAUGAAGAAAGCAAAACAAAUGACCAAACAGACAAAGAUGACAAAGUCGAUAUCAGCACCAGGAUUCUGAACUCCAAUAAAGGCAGUAAUGCGAUGCUGCUGGAAGGAGACUUGUUGGUCCCCACUACCAGAAACGCAAUGAAGUGCUUUUCCCAGCAGUGCCUCUGGAAGAAGGGCUCCAACGGCCUGGUGACGAUUCCCUUCAUCAUCAGCAGUGAGUUCAGCAGUGCAGAGGGGCAGGUGAUCGACACGGCCUUGAAGUCCUUCCACAGCAGGACCUGCAUCCGCUUUGUUCCCCGUGGUUACGAGAACGACUACAUAAGCUUUGAGAACAGAGAUGGAUGCUACUCUUCUCUGGGCAGAAUAGGUGGUCAACAGGUAGUCUCUAUCAACAGACAGGGCUGCGUCUACCACGGCAUCGUCCAGCAUGAGGUCAACCACGCUCUGGGCUUCAAUCACGAGCAGUGCAGGAGCGACCGUGAUAGCUACGUCCGGAUCAACUGGGAGAACAUUGACCCUCAGAGUGCCUACAACUUCCAGAAACUGGACACCAACAACCUGAACACUCCCUACGACUACUCCUCCGUCAUGCACUAUGGAAGAACCGCCUUUUCUAUGAAUGGGAUGGACUCCAUCACUCCCAUCCCCAACGCAAGCGCCCAGAUCGGCCAGAGGAUCGACAUGUCCUACUGGGAUAUCAAGAGAAUCAACAUCCUUUAUGGGUGCUAACAACAAAGCUUCCAAUCUGUUCUGAUCCAAAGUUAUCAACUAGAAACAUAUUUCCGUAAUCUAAUUCAUCGAAAGCAACAAGAACCUGAGUUCAUUAGCAACUACAGAUUUUACUUCCUGUGACCAUAUUUUAUCCCUCAUGACUACAAUACCUGUAAUGCCGUCAGCACAAUCUAAAAAUAAAGUUUAAUAGCAGCAUUUGACCGUCUACAUUCCCUCUUUUGUUUCCUCCUUUGAU